UUUAUGACAGCGCUUCAACACAAGUGGUUGAAAAUGUAAUCGAAUGUGUAAAAUUAUGGAUGAAAAAUCAGAUUGCGACACCUGCGCUUGUUGCCUUAAUUUACUGGAUGAAGAACAAUAUGUAUCAGCAUUGGGUCAUAAUUGGCACUUAGAAUGCUUUAGAUGCUCGGCAUGCGAUGCCUCUCUUUCAAAUUGGUAUUUUGAGAAGGAUGGUUUAUUGUUUUGUCGUGAUGAUUAUUGGACAAAGUAUGGAGAAUCUUGUCAACAAUGCAGCCAAGUCAUUACUGGACCUGUCAUGGUUGCCGGUGAACAUAAAUUUCACCCAGAAUGUUUUUGUUGUUGUUCUUGUAAUAAUUUUAUCGGUGAUGGAGAAUCAUAUGCCCUGGUUGAGCGGUCCAAACUUUAUUGUGGUCAGUGCUACAAAAAGCAAAUGCAACCUCUGGGUAGAGGGGCAGUCACUCAUUCCAUACGAUUGGUGGAAAUACCUCCUACGAAUGAAAGUACUCUCAAUGGAGUAACAGCUCCAAGAGGCAUAAAACUUUCAGUGGAUAAUCAGAAAGGUGCACCUGUGACUCCAGACUUAGCAUGCAGAGGUGUCAGAAUUUCAGAGUUAAUUUGCAAUAUCUAUGGGAAAAUCAGCAAAGUAGCCUUAUCUCUUAUAACUUCGGCUAUUGAAGUAUGCUGCUCUUUAAAUCGAUAUAGGUUAGAUGUAGCCUCAGAACUGAUGUCAUUACAUAUUGGUGAUAAAAUAUUAGAGGUCAAUGGAACUCCAGUUCGAGAUGCACCUCUGGAAAAUAUUGAGAAUUUAAUCAGAUAUUCUGAUACAGUGUUGCAACUAACUAUAGAACACGAUCCAGAAUCUCUUACUAGACGCCCUUCAUAUACUUGUCCAGUAAUAAACAAAACUACCUUAUUAGAAAACAGUAAUUCUGAAAAAUUGAAAGCACUUGAUAGCCCAAAAAGUAAAGAACGAUUGUUUAGAAGACGAGAUGAGGGUUACAAUACUUACUCAAGGAGUAGGCAAAUUCGUAGAAGGCAUGCUGUCGAUAAUACUACUAAAAAGAAAUCUGCAGGAGGGUUAACUGAAAAAGAAAGAAGUAGUAGUAUGUCAAGAUUAUUAGACGGAUCACCAUCUACAAGUGAUGGCUUGGAUUUGUCAAGAACGCGGUCGUUUCGUGUGGAGCCUAAAACACAACGUGUGUUUAGAGGUAGUGAUUUGGUGCAAGGUGAAUUACUAGGUCGGGGGUUUUUUGGCCAAGUAUUUAAAGUUACCCAUAAAGUGACUCAGGAAGUUAUGGUUCUCAAAGAGCUUUAUCGAGUUGAUGAAGAAGCUCAGAGAAACUUCCUUAAAGAGGUUGCUGUGUUGAGAUCUCUAGAUCAUGUAAAUGUUUUAAGAUUUAUGGGUGUCUUAUAUCGGGAUAAAAGACUGCAUUUAGUGACGGAGUAUGUACCUGGUGGAACUUUGCAACAGUUGUUACAUGAUUCAACAACAGUUUUAUCUUGGGAGCAGAAGGUUACUUUAGCAAAAGACAUAUCUAGUGGAAUGUCAUACCUACAUGCCCAGAAUAUUAUUCAUAGAGAUUUAAACAGUCACAACUGUCUUGUAAGAGAGGAUAAAACUGUUAUAGUAGCUGACUUUGGAUUGGCUAGAAUUGUGUCUCAGGCUCAUUCGAAUUCAAUGACAAGAACUUCUUUAUCACCAAAUGCAAAUGGCUCAAUUUCAAGAAGGCCAAGAAGAGAAAGAUAUACCAUUGUUGGAAAUCCUUACUGGAUGGCACCAGAAAUGAUGAAAGGCAAUAAAUAUGAUGAAAAAGUGGACAUUUUUUCUUUUGGAAUUGUCCUUUGUGAGAUCAUUGGACGAGUUCAAGCUGAUCCAGAUUAUUUACCUCGUUCUGCAGAUUUUGGAUUAAAUCAAACUGUUUUCAAAGAUAAGUUUUGCUCUACUUGUCCAAUACCAUUUUAUAAGAUUGCAUUUUUGUGCUGUGAUUUAAAUCCUGAUAAGAGGCCACCAUUUGAGGUUCUAGAGGUGUGGUUGGAAGGUAUGUCAAUGCAUUUAGCGGUUGGUUCUGAAAUUUCAGAAAGCCUUUUAUUCGAUGUUGAGCAUUAUAAAAGUCAGUGUAGCACUCCACAAAGCGGUUCUCAAAGUCCUGAAUCAGGAACCCAAUCACCUGGUGGUGGAAAAUUGCCCCAUAGCUCCAGUAAGGAAAAAUUAUUACAAGCAAAAAGGGAAGCUAUGAAGAGUAGAGAUAGUACCAUGGAGAGAGAUGAAGUUUUUGAAGAUAACAAAAUCUCAAUUGAUAUAAAAGAUCCUGAAAACAAACAAGACAAUCUUAUUAAAGAAAAUAUAAAAUCAAAGAAUUCAGGAGGGAAGCAAUAUAAUUUAGUAUCUGAUUCAAGUUCUUCAGAAAAAAAUGGCAAUCCAGUAAAUUCAUCCAGACAAGCAAAUAAAACAGAAAAUCCUAAACAACAAAAUAACACUCUUUCAUCGGAUUUAGAUAAAAAAUUACAUUUCAAAGUAAGUAAAGAUAAUUCUAAACCUAGUACAUUUUUAGAUAACUCUAGUUUUCCAAAAGUUUCCUUAAAAAAACACAUUUUUGAUUCUGAUUCAAAUAAGGAUAGUAAAGUCAAGCUUAACAGAAGUAAACCAGUAAACUUGUUACAUGACUUUAAUAAAGCAAAAGAUCAUCAUAAAACACUAGAAAAAUCUGAAAUAUUAGAUGAUAAUAGUAUUAAACUUACAUUCCCUAAACACCCUAGUUAUAAAACUGGUUCUACAUCAAAAGGAAAGUAUGUUAAUUUGGCAAAUAUUAUGCAAGACAAUAAUAUUAGGGAAAAUGAUUCUUGUUCGAGUUUUUCAAAUUUGGGCAAAAAUUUGAAUUCUAAUAGAAAUUCAAGAGUAUUAGAAAGUACAGCCUUAUAGUUGUUUUAAAUAUCGGAUAAUAAUUUUAUUUUAUUUUUUUCAAAUGUAAAUUCAGGCUGCAAUAACGAUUUCAG